UAAUUGUUACAGUCUCCCAAUACAUAAUUCCAUCAUGCUUAUCUACCACUUUAAAUUGACCUUUUGUAUUUACUCCACUUCAGUUCCAUCUCAUGAGUUUGACAGUUCUAUUCACAAUUUAGAGUCAUCGAGUCACAGAGAUAUACAGCAUGGAAACAGACCUUCAGUCCAACUUGUCCAUGUCAACAAGAUAUCCUAUGUAAAUUUAGUCCCGUUUGCUAGCAGUUGGCCCAUAUCCCUCUAAACCUUUCCUAUUCAUAUACUCAUCCAAAUGCCUUUUAAAUGUUGUAAUUUUACCAGCCUUCUCCACUUCUUACAGCAGCUCAUUCCGUACAUGCACCACCCCCGCAUGAAAAAGUUGCCCUUAGGUCCCUUUUAUAUCUCUCCCCUCUCACCUUAAACCUAUGCCCUCUAGUUUUGGACUCCCCCACCCUAGGGAAAAGACCUUGUCUAUUUAUCCUAUCCAUGCCCUUCAUGAUUUUAUAAACCUCUAUAAGGUCACCCCUCAACCUUCGACGCUCCAGAGAAUAUAGCCCCAGCCUAUUCAGCCUCUCCCUUUAGCUCAAAUCCUCCAACCCUGACAACAGCCUCAUAAAUCUUUUCUGAAACCUUUCAAGUUCCACAAAAUCCUUUCUAUUGGAGAGAGGCCUGCAUUGCAUGCAGUAUUCCAAAACUGGCUGAACCAAAGUCCUGUACAGCCACAACAUGACCUCCCAGCUCCUAUACUCAGUGCACUGACCGGUAAAGGUAAGCAUACCAAAUACCUUCUUCACUAUCCUAUCCACCUGCGACUCCACUUUCAAGGAACUAUGAACUGGAUUGCAAGGUCUCUUUGUUCAGCAACACUCCCCAGGACCAAUUUGUCACACAAUAAUGUACUCCUUGUGUAUAUCUGUUAAUUAAUAACCAGUAAAUAAUUUUUAUUUAAUUAAAUAUCUGUUUGAUGUGAAAAUACAUAUGUUUUGUAGAUGGAAACUAAUAGACUAUUAGAACAAUAGUAGCUGCUUUUACCACUAAUUUUGGUUUUGUUUUAUUUAUCGCAAUACCAGUUCACUACAGAUGGUUUCAUUCUUGCUGAGCUUCUUUCACUUGUUAAAAUUUAUUUUGCUAUUUUCUAUGGGGUAUUUUUACAUUUUUCAUAUUUCCAAAUCUUAUGACUUUUUUUCCAGAAAGUAUUGAGAAAAAAGUUGCUUUGAAAGUUGUGUCUUUUUAAAAAAAAGUAUAUUAGAGUUUUAAAAAGACACCUGGGUGAAAUAUGGAUAAAUAUGUCAAACUGUUACUGUUUCCUAUUGUAAAGUUGAUGAUAAAUAAUUUCUUAUUUUACUGGACAAUUAAAUAUAGCUUAUGUCAAAGGGGCAUUUUAUUCUUUUCGCACUGAAACAGAGACAAUAAAAAUCUGGAAUGUAUACAGGGAGAAAGGAUUUUUUAAUCGGAAUCAUGCACAAGCAGCAGAAAGGGGAUUCAGAAACAUAAAGCAGAUUGUCAAAACAGGAGUCAAAUAAAAACAAAGUACUGGAGAUGCCGAUGGAGAUCUGAAAUAAAAGCAGAAAGAAUUAGAACAACGUAAUCUUCCAAAGAAGAGUCAAAAUGGUCUGAACUCUUUCUCUCCACAGAUGCUGCCAAACCUGCUGAGUCGACCAAGCAAUUUUGGUUGUUAUAUCACCAAGUGUCUGCUUCAUCCGGUUGGGAGAUUGAAGUGAAAUACAAGCCUAAGACACAAAUAUCCGCAUAGAGCUGCAUCUCAAUUAUCAAUAAAUAGAUUUUACGAAAAUCCAGUACUCCUAGCCGGGAGUGCCAGUUGCAGCGAAUGAAGAGUUCGUGUUUGCGUCAAUGUUAAACUUGCAAUUUAAAUCUCGAUUAAAGAAUACGAUUACAUAUUACUGUGAAAUACAGAACGUGAUAUGGCAAUGAUUUUAGUUCCAAUGUUAUAGACACUAUUAUAUCCAUUACUGUACAAAGCUCUGGGUAAAUUUAAAUGUUUAGAGAACAAAAAUUAUCUUAUCCCUAUCGUCUCUCAUUUUUAAUUUUGAAGGAGACUUUAGUGUAUUUCCGGGACAGGAUUUUAGUAGUUGCAAUCAGCUAGGCAACAUUAACAGGGUAUUUGCUAUCUGCUACGGAACUCAGUGCUCAGCCACUUCGAAGGAUGCCGUUGUCUGAUCAACUAGUCUCGUUAAAGAGGAGAAGCAGUUUCAGGUGAAACUGCUAAAUUAGCGCAGGCUUGGCGUUUGAGCAUUAGGAACUAAGGAUCGGAAACCAAAACAACGUGACGGAGAAACUCAGCAGAUCUGGCCAGCAGGUCUGCUAAGACACAGUUAAUGUUUUGAGUCCAAUGGCUUUUCUUCGGAACUGCAGAAUUGGGCUGUGCUUGUAGUCGGAGGUUGGAGUUAGUUGCACACGGCCUGGAAAAACCAUGAAAGCUCUCAAGCUGAAGGAAUUGGAGAGUUUAUUGCAGCAAGUAGAUGUGUUUGAGCAGCCGAAGCUACUUCUAGAGCAAUAUCACACAAGCCCGCAUAUAGCAGCACAUAUGCUGUAUACCAUACACACAACAUUCGAUGACAUUAAGAGUAAGUUGAUUGGAGAUCUGGGGUGUGGAUGUGGAGUUCUAAGUAUUGGAGCAGCUAUGCUAGAUGCGGGAUUAUGCGUUGGAUUUGAUAUUGAUGAAGGAGCUCUCAACGUAUUUAACAGGAAUGUAGAAGAAUUUGAAUUGGCCAAUGUUGACAUGGUUCAAUGUGACAUCUGUUCAAUAACGACUGGCAAAUUAUCAAAGACUUUUGACACAAUAAUUAUGAAUCCACCAUUUGGAACAAAACACAAAGGUGUGGACAUGACAUUCCUCAAAAUUGCUUUAGAUAUGGCUAGAACAGCUGUAUAUUCUCUACACAAAACAUCAACUAGAAAUCAUAUUCAAAAGAAGGCUGAAGAAUGGAAGAUAAAGAUGGAAGUAAUUGCUGAGCUGAGAUAUGACCUACCAGCAUCAUAUAGAUUUCACAAGAAGAAAUCAAUUGACAUUGAAGUGGACUUCAUACGGUUUUCGUUUAAAUAAAUUCCAUCCCUCUGGAAGAUAUUCAAUGGAGGCAAUGCAGAGGCCAAAAUUAAAUAUAGUUAAAACACCUUGGAUCAGGCCAUGUGGUAAUUUCGUUUGGUUUACAGGUCAAAUUGAAUCCUACUGAUCAUCAACUUGAUCUUCUGUUUUCAGUUGUUUUGCUGCAGGCUCAUCUACAGUUACAGUUUCUUCAAGGGUUCUCUUCUUUGGACUGGUGACAGCUACAACAGAUCAAACAAGGCAGUUAAAAACAUUUGAGAACAAAAUUUAAAUAUUUCCAGCAUCUGUAUAGACAGUGUAUAACAGCUAAUUUUAUUACAGAAAAGUUUCAGGCUAAAUAAUUUUAUAGAAUCCCCUCAAAAGCUGAAUAAAAAUUGGUAGUUCACCUGGCAUUGGCAAGUACCAGGAACAACAAACGGCAUAACCUGCGCAGAGUCCUCCUCAAGCAUUAGAGGAAUUCUGCCAGAAUUGAAAGCUCCCUCCUAGAGCUGGUCAAAUGAUUAACCUGACAUCUAUAUUCAACAAUGUAGCACUCAUCUUCCAACACCAAAAAUCACAGGGUAUAUACUGUGCUUGAGAUAAGUGGUACACAAUCAAGGGUGGUCCUGCUAGUGCCCAUAGAUUCUGGACCCACAACAUCACAUGGCAUCAGAUGAAACAUGGGCAACAAAAGUGAUUUACAAUCCACCUCACCUGAGUUUAUGAAUCAAUGACACCACCGUUGUGCCAAAUAGCCUCAGGAUAAAUCUAGCAGAAAAUGAGACAUCCAAAAAGACAGGUAGUUCACCAGCAACAGAACUACAUUUCACCAUAUGUAACUUCAAGGCUCAGCUACCUCACUAGGGAUCUUGUGGCACAUUAUUAAUGUCCCUACCUCUGGACCAGAAGGCCAGGUUCAUAUCCCACUGAAACAAUCAAAGGUUCUUACAGCUUACUACUUCAAGGCAGGGUUUAACAAGGACUGCAGGCUUGCAUUCAAGCAGAAACAGCCAUACCUAGAUAAGUUAUAAACUCAGGAUUACAUGCAUGAUACACAGAAGCAACAUGUGCUAGAAAAAAACAAUUCCACAGCCAAUGAGAUCAAAUGUUUGUAUUUGUGUCAGAUCAAGUCACAAAUGGUGACCAGUUUGAUUGACUGGCAGAAAUGGUUCCACUUGGCUGAUUCCAUUUGCAAACAGUCAUCUGAAAAUGCUGAAUGAAUGAUCCAAACAUGCCCGUUGGCCUCACUGAAAUAGCAAGAACUGCAAAUGCUAGAGUCUGAGUCAAACAGUGGGGAGCUGGAGGAACAGUAGCUCAGGCAUGAUCAGUUCAGGCUGGUCAGGCACGGCCUCAUGAUGUGUCCAGCAUAAGUAGCCAUCAAGUUAAUUUCCUUCAAGCUAUUCCAGUAAAACUAAAUGUAAGCAUUUAUCCAAUAAUGAGAAAAAUGCCUAAGUCGGUAUAGUCAAGGAAAAGAAGGACAAUUCCAGUCAAGCAAUUCAGAUUGUGAACCCAUUCACAUUCCUUCCCUUUCUUCUAGUUUUACUUGUUACAUUCUGUCACCUUUAUCCCUCUCCCCUCCCACUCUACAUCAGCCCUGAAGAGUCAUCUAGAUUCGAAACUUUAGCUUGUUUUCUCUCCAUGGAUGCUGCCUGACCCACUUUGAUCUCCAAUUUUUGUUUUCAGUACACAUUCCAGCAUCUGCAGUAAUUUGCUCCUAAGUUACCAACCCAGUACUCUACUCGAAACUAAUGAGUAGUGUUGGUGAUACCAGCAAGUGGCACUUAAUACUCAUGGACACUCAUUUUGGAUUUGACUAGAACCAUCUUGCUCCAUACCUCAUUACAGCCUUAGUCCAAAUACUGAUCAGAGAACAGAAUUUGAGGACAAAAUCAAGGAGUUUCAAAAUUUUUGGCUCCACACUGUGCCAGCAUUGUGCUUUUAUCAGACAUGUCAACAAUGUGGCUGUGAGCCAGAGACAAACUCUUUGGCAGAGUAACUGACCCAAGUUCCAAAGCUCAUUCGCCGUUUACAAGGCACAAUUCAGGAGUGCAAGUGAAUACCCCAUUUAUCUAGAUUUGAGAUUCCAAUUACCACACAGGAUGCUUGACAACAAUUACAAAGAAGCCUACUUGAUCAGCACCAGCAGUCUGUACCAUGCACACUAAGCAACUUAUUUGAACCUGCCUUCAACACAUUCAAAUCCAUGACUUUUUUUUAAAAUGGCAAUGACAGAAGCAUACUGCAAAUGCCACAACUUUCAACCUCCCUUCUAAGCAACUCAACAUCCUGUCUUUGAACAAUAAAACUUUUCAUUCACUGUCAAAAAUCCUGCAACUCCACCCUUUAUACAUGCACCCACAUCAGAUGGGCUGCAGCAGUUCCAGACAACUCAUUACCAUCAAGGGCAAUUAGAACUCAACAAUUAAUACUGGCUGAUAUCUGCAUCCCAUGAAUAAAUUCAAACAAAACCAGGUAACCACAUUCUGUUUGGGUCAAAAAUCCAUAUCCCAGCAGUUUAUUCAAGAUUGACAAUUUGCACUUACUAAUUUCUUUCGUUUGUUCCACUCCCUCAUCACCAUCUUCAUCUUCACUCUCAAAUGUUGUUUUCUUGCCUUGGAACUGCACCCUUCGUCGACCCGAACUUCUCUUACCACCUCUUCGAGCUGUAAGCAAACAAGUCUUAGUAUUGUUUAAAAACAUUCAGAAAAUGUCAGCUGUCAAACAUGCACCAUCGCCAUUAAAGUUUUACCUUUGGUC